ACAAAAAGUAGGCCUCCGUGUUUCGCAUUAUUUUUCCUCUUUGCUCGGGGCGUAAUCGCAAGAUUCUGUUUGCUCUCGAUCCAGAAAAGAACCAGAAAUGUGUUGAUAGUGGAGUGGAGAUUCAACUGCGAGUGGACACCAAGAGGUCGUGCCCCCCUGCAGGUCGAGCCACAAUCUUCACCGUGUUCCGCUCCCCUGCGCAACGAAAUCCGCUGCCUCCGCUGUACUGCCCCAGCUCAACCGCAGUCUGUUGCCCCGUUGUUGCAUCUGUGGGAGGAGGUGCACAACGGGACAGGAAGAUUCAACCUUGUCCGCCCCGCUGCAGCACCGUUGGCUGGGAGUGUAAUCCGUGGCGAGACGAGCGGAGCGGUCGUCUUUGUUUACCUUUUUCGGGAGACGGAGAAGCUGCUGGAGCGCUAGAUCAAGAUGUCGAAAACCCUGAAACGCCCGGUGGCGGGGACCCUGCCGCACUGCUACAUUACCAGUCGACUGGAGGAGCGAAGAGCCCGGAAUCGGGCACUGCGGCAGGAGCGUCGUCGGAAACCGGAGAAACCGGACGAUUUCGUGACAUACGAUGACACGGAUAGCGACGAUGAGACGCCGUACCAGCAGAAGCAGGUGCUCAAAACGUCGUACAACUUUGUCGAUUAUAUCCGCAGCCGGGAAUCGGACCUGCGCGAGGUGCGCUCGAUCGAUCCGGCGUACUCGAGUCGUCACAUUCUCACGCACGACAUGUUUAAGGAAACGCCAAUCCCGCUCGGUAACAUCAACAAAGUGUUCUGCUCGCAGUGGCUCAGCAACCGCCAGGUAGUGUUCGGUACGAAGUGCAAUAAGCUGAUGGUGUACGAUGUGAACACACGGCGGGUCGAUGCGAUACCGACGCUACCGAACAGCCGCAGCGGCAGCCCCGACACGCAGUCUGGUAUACAUGCGUGCCAGAUCAAUCCGAGCCACACGAUGCUAGCGACCGGUGCCCGACAUUCGGCCGAUAUCGCCAUCUACAGCCUGCCAACGCUCGAUCCGGUCUGCAUCGGCGAGAGCGCCCACACGGACUGGGUGUUCGAUAUGUGCUGGCUGGAUGAUCAGUUUCUCGUGUCCGGCUCGAGGGACACCAAGCUGGCGCUGUGGCGUGUGAACGAAGACGUGAUGACUUAUCCGAAGGGCAAAGAAGCGGACGAACUGGCCGAGAACGGAACCGACAGUGCGGAGACGGAACAACAGGAACCCGUACAGGAUGUUCCGCGGUACGCGACCAUUUCGCCCGUUUCCGUUAAGGAUUGCCGGGGGGCACAGAAGAUCCGGGCCGUGUGCUUUAACCGAGAGUACCGGGAGCUGGCGCUGCUGUCCCUUAAUGGUUAUCUGCAUCUGUUCAACGCGGAAACGUUCAGCCAGAAGCUAUCCCGCAAGCUACCCAACUGCCAGGAGAACGUUUGCAUCGCUUGCCAACCACGUGGACUGUACGCUGUCGGAUGUCGCUCCUACACACUGCUGCUAGAUCCCAGAACGUUACAACCCGUGAAGAAGAUUGCUUCGCGGUACAGUGGCUGCGGAAUCCGAUCGGCGAGCUUCCAGAGUAAUAUUCUGACCAUCGGAACCGGCAUGGGUAUGCUCAUGUUCUACGACAUACGAGCGGGCAAGUAUCUGGAAUCGUGCAUCAACUCAUCCCGGACAGUAGUGCUCAAGGCUAGCCGGGGCUACGUGGCUCAGUUUCCAGACGAAGAGAUGGAUGGCUUCCAGCAGCUGAAAUACACGCCUGCUAUCUACACACACUGCUACGACAACAGUGGUACUAGGUUAUUCACAGCCGGCGGACCACUCCCGGCCACGUUGAUCGGCAAUUAUGCGGGAAUUUGGCAAUAGGCAACUGGUUGCAUCGUAGCAACCAUUGCCAAAGCGUCGGACGCGGGGUACAAGUUCGUAGUUUUGUCCUCACGUUACACUUCGCCCGACAGUCGGAAGAAUGUGAUUAGGGGGGACAAAAUUAACAACUGAGCACAUACGGAAGACGACGGAUCGCUUCAACGGAUUUGGUGAUCCAAUUAGCAAAAUUUUGAAAGUAAACUCUAUUCUAGAUUAAGGAAAGAAUAAGGACAAAUAUGAUUAAAGUCGUUUGGCAGGUAACAAUAGGCGGAAACGUUUCAAGAUUUUAAUUUAACUAGCAUUAAGAUGAUGUGCGUGUGCGUGUGUGUGUGUGUGUGAAUGAGUAUUUAGUUCUAAGUGCGAUAAAAAGAUAACCGAACACGAAUGGAGUCAGCUUCUUCGAGGAGAUUUUACUCUCCUCAGAAGGAAGUUCACUUCUUCUAUUUCUCAGCUCAAAGACAAACGAUCUUUGGGCCGGUCUUUGAACGAUAAAGCGGGAAGAAAUGAGGUACACUUCGAUCGAUACUGUCGCAUUAGGUUUUACUAGAUUUUUAAAAAACUCCGGUUUCUCCUUUUUUGAACACAUUAACCCUAUUUUUGUGGUUUCCUUAUAGCAUAGGGUGUAGAUCGGUUUUUAUCUUUCUUUCGCUGAAUUUUAUUUAUCGAUUUUUCAUGGCGACCAUUGAGAAGACAAAGGUAAAAUGAAGGGUGGCUAUGAAGAGAAAGGGGGGAAACAACGUAAAACAAUCAUUGCGUAGUCAACCGAUUGUAGGGAAGUCAGUUGUAAUCUGUGUUUGAAAUUGCAUGUCUGUGACCGUAUGUUCGUGAAUGUGUGAGCGCACGUGAUGUAAAUGAGGGAGAGGCCAUACAUCACAUAGCAUCUCAACAGUUUGGAAACCGUUGAUCGAGUAAAAGACUAAACUGUUGCAGUAGUUUAACAGCAUACAGAAACUCUAAGUAUCCUUUGUAAGACGCUAUGCCGUUAGGUACGCUGUAUAAUUUUUGGGUCGAUUCAAAUAAAGAAGUAUCCGCAAGACAAACCGCGUUCUAUCGGUUUUUAA